AUGUCAGCAGCACAGGCUGGCAUGAGGAGGCACCAUGCAGUGCGCCUCCUUUUAAAGGAGAAGGGAGGAAAAACAAUGGAGUUAUCCCGAUUGGAUUUCUCCAGAAAAUUCCUCCAAAAGGAACUCGGCUUCCAUCCCGCGCAGGUAAACUGCAUCCUAGCCCUCCCUUAUGGGAAAGGCUUUGAUGUCAGUUUUGCCAGCGGCAGCUUCCUGAGGGAGUUCUGGGGGAAACUCCAGAACGCCCUAAACACCCAGGGGUCCCUCACAGCAAUGUUUGAGGUGACCAAGCUAACGGAUAAUAGCAUUAAAACCGUUAUUAUCCGUAUGUACAAUGAAACCGUACAGCUGGAGGACGUUGCAGUAUGGCUGGGCAGGUACUGCAACGUGAAGGGGCCCCUGGUACAAGUGAAGGAUCCCGAUGGGAUCUGGACAGGGGCCUGGAGGGUCACUGUCCAGCAAAGGGAGGACCCUGGGGGCUAUGGUGGGUUGAAAGCCAUCCCAUCCACCAUAGUCCUCGGAGAGAAUAGGGGCCAUGUUCACUACCAGGACCAGCCCAAGCUGUGCCGUAAGUGUGGUGAACAUGGCCACCUUGCAGACGCCUGUAAAAAGGUCGUCUGCAUGAAGUGCCGGGAGGUGGGCCACCGCUACGAGGAAUGCACGAACGGAAGGUCGUGCAACCUCUGUGGCGAGCGGUCCCACCUCAUCCGCGGCUGCCCCUUCUCCUGGGCCAACAAGGUCAGGGCCGAAAGGAGGGAGGUGGCGGCCGCGGACCGGGCUUCCGAGCGUCAGGUGGUGGUCACCGAGG